UGCAGAUAUUUCCUUUUGUGCGGUAGUUACUUUAACUAAACACCAUUCAGUCUUUAAUUAGCUUCAUUCUGCUCCCUUUAUCUCCACAUUUCUGCGCUAAAUAGUCCUUUGUUUACACGCAGUCCCCCGUCUCUGCGGAAGGAGGAUUUUUGCGGUAGUGCAACGUGUGUGAGUGUGUGUGCGUGCGUGUGUGACUCCUACCAGCUGUUUCCCGCCUUGAAAGCCAUCCGAUCAGCUGCACACACACACACACACACACACGCACACACACGGUCAUGCAGAGGGAGAAAGCAAAAGGGGGAGGGCGAGAGAAAGAGAGGGAGGGAGGGAGAUAGAGAGAGGGAGAGGUAGAGCGCCACACACAACGAGGGAACCCCAUCAGCUGGAAGUCGAGUAACAUUACAACUCUGAGCAGCCUCAAAGUAUACUACAUCACACAGACGAGGGGUUCACAUCUUCCUUGAGGAUUAUACCCCUGUCGGAUCAAGAGAUUUUUUUUUCCUCCCCCGGCGUCACCUCUUUUCUUUUAUUCUGCGGAGACUGUUUUCUGUUUUUCGUGAUCAAACUGGCGAGAGGCGAGCAUGGAGUAUUUCAUGGUGCCAGCCCAGAAGGUGCCCUCCUUGCAACAUUUCAGGAAAACGGAGAAAGAAGUGAUCGGCGGUCUCUGUAGUCUGGCCAACAUCCCCCUGACCCCCGAAACAGCCCGGGACCAAGAGAGGCGAAUUCGCAGAGAGAUCGCCAACAGCAACGAGCGUCGGCGUAUGCAGAGCAUCAACGCCGGUUUCCAGUCACUUAAAACACUCAUCCCACACAGCGAUGGAGAGAAGCUCAGCAAGGCUGCCAUCCUGCAACAGACGGCGGAGUACAUUUUUACGUUGGAGCAGGAGAAGACGCGGCUAUUGCAGCAGAACAGUCAGCUCAAACGAAUCAUACAGGAGUUGAGUGGCUCCUCCCCCAAAAGGAGGCGGGCCGAGGAGAAGGACGAAGGGAUCGGCUCGCCGGACAUCAUGGAGGAGGAGAAGACCGAGGACCUGAGGAGGGAGAUGAUCGAGCUCAGGCAGCAGCUAGAGAAGGAGCGCUCGGUCCGGAUGAUGCUGGAAGAUCAGAUGCGUUCCCUGGAUGCCCAGCUGUACCCGGAGAAGCUGAAGGUGAUCGCCCAGCAGCUCCAGGAGCAGCAGCAGCAGCAGGCCCAGACUCAGAGCCUUGUCCGUGUGCAGCAGCAGCACAAGCAGAUGGAGAGGGACCUCACUCCGGCCCACAGCCCACAGGUGGUAGCCCCCCCCGCCACUCCCCCUGCACCCACGCAUCACGCCACGGUCAUCGUCCCCGCACCUGUCCAGACCCCUCAGCCGCAUCACGUUACCGUGGUAACCAUGGGCCAGACAUCGGUAAUCAACACGGUGUCCACGUCCCGACAGAACCUGGACACAAUCGUUCAAGCAAUCCAGCACAUCGAGGGCACCCAGGGGAAAGGGUGCGAGGAAGAGCAGCGGAGGGCGGUCAUCGUCUCCUCGGGCCGCGUCCUGUCCGACGCCGCCGGCUCCGACACGGCCUCAAACAGCGACGGGCCGGACGACUGUUUGCUGCCUUGAGUUCUUCUUUUGAUUUUUUUUUUUUUUUUUUUUUUUUUUGCACGACACACACUUACACAUACACACACAAACACACACACUGAACAGGCCCAGGCAGACCAGGGCUACGGGAGGCUACAAACUCCCAGUUCUCUCGUUCAGUGGACAUUAACAGGGCUGGUAGACAGACUGAAGCACUCUUUUUUUUAGUUUUUAUUUUAUUUUCAGUACGCGCCAUGUCGUACUGGUAUAGGCAGCCCAGAUUAGAGGUUUACACUUAGACACUCGCAGCCCGUUCUCUUCUCGUCGUUUCUCUGCUUAUCUCUCGUUCACAUACUCAUUAAUCUAUAGACAGAUUAUUAGAGCGACUACUUCCCUGACUGACCUGUAACUACUCGUAUACUGGAUACUAGAAUUUUGAAUGUCUGCUAAACAUCUCCAUUAACUACCGGAGGGGCCGUUCCCUCGACGCGGCCCUGUUUCCGCGUGACUCAUCGGUGAAACAGGAUCCGAAAGUCGAUGAGGAGCCCGGCGGCGCGGCGUCGCCAGAGCCUUUUCAUCAAGACGAGCAUCCUUUAAAGCAUCCUUCAUACGGCCUGACCCGUCUGAGCUGUGUGGAGAGACACUGUGAGAUAACAAGACUGUCCUAAAGUUCCACCAGAUUUUGUUUUUCUCCAACAAAUAUGCUAUUUUAUUCUUGUGAAGUAUUUUUUUUUUUUUGUUUCGUCCGUUUCAUUUUGUUUCUCUCGAGGCUCCCUCUGCCUGAGAGCGCCGCGCUGAUGAGGGUUUAAAAAGCUGUUUUCAUGGCCGACUGGUGCUCACAGGAAAUGAAGCAAAAGGCCCGAGAAGAGAGAGACGCACUUACUGGGUCACAACUCUAUUUUAGUUUGUUUGUUUGAUGCCAUUUUUUGCCGGGCUGGGUUCCCGGUAAAUCCCACAUUUGUUUUUGGCCUGUUGUUCUUUUUACUCGUGGCCUGACGAAAAAGAAAAAAAGGAAAAAAAAAAAAUCACUGCUUUGACGUUUCUUCUCUCCCCUCUUGAACAUAAAAGCACCUGGCUUUUUAAAAUAAGCUUAUCCGUGGGCCCUGUUGAAUAAUAUUUUCUGGUAUGUGUCUCUUUUUAGUGUUUUAAAUCAGCGAGGCUUGGUGGCUCCCUGGACUCUGGCAGUCGGUCCACUUUUCGCCUUGAAAUUACAAAACUCGUACAUACGCGUAUGACUGACAUAUACAAUCACUCGUUUGCUUUGUCCUAAUCCGAUAUCCUAUUUUUGUUUUUGUCCAGAUUUUGGUACACCUGUCGAAGCAGAGUAUGCUAAAAGGAAAGAAAAUAUGAGUGCCCGGUGAAUCUGUUUGAAUGUGCCGUGGAUGUGACUGGGUAGGCUACGCGUGCUCUAUGCAUUUCCAUACUUUGAUUGUUUGUCCUGUCUGUUUUGCUAGUUCGGACCAUUAGGUUUUAAACGUGUUAUUUAGAUCUCUCCUUUCGACGGACGGAUUGACUUGAAGGCGUGCAGCGGAGGGAGGCAGCAGCUUGCCUUACUAAACAAACAGUCCCGACGCCGGCCUUAACGCAGCCACGCGGCUGAAGUUGAGCGAACACUUUAUCUCGGGCGGCUGCAGCCGGAAUCCCUUCUGUUUUUUUUACUUCACCUUUCCGGUCAGGCUUGCAAAAAACAAAAAAAGAAAAAAAACGAUGGGAUGUUUUUGGAAUGUACACUAAUCUGCCGCAACAUUAUGACCGCCUGUCUAGUUUUGUUUGCACCUCGUGCCUCCAAAAGCAGUCGUGCUGUCUCAUCAGAGAGUGGACGUGGGCCUUCUGAGGGUGUCCGUCCUGUGGUGUCUGGUGACAGAAUGUUGUUAAUAGGGGGGGCUUUGAGGGGGAAGUAGGGGUGGAUCAUCCCACAGAUACUUGAUCGGUUUGUGAAUUUGGAGGCCAGGUCGACACCUCGUGCUGUUUUUCGCGUUUUUAUGAUUCCCGAAGUUGUUCCAUCAAGGAGUGUGAUUUCUGUGUAGUGGGUGGGUGGGGGUUUGGGGCGGGGGCUGGUCUGAUCUGGUCUGGUCUAGGUGGGUGCUACAUGUCUAAGUAACAUCCACACGAAUGAACGCCAGGUCCAAAAGUUUCCCAGCAGAACGGUCACCGUCAGUGGUUUUAAUGUUGUGGCUGAUCGGUGUAUGUAAAUGCCAGUUAUUUCGUCGGAAUUCCUGCGUUUGUGUCUUUAUGUUUUCCUUUAAAAAUCCCAACGACCAUUCUGGCCCCUCCUUUCUUCGUGGGGGGGAGGGAACAAAUUCCACGUGGAAACGUUGACAUUCCAUAAAAUUGAACCUUUUAUUUUGUUUGUUUGUCUCCCACCUGGUCACUUUUCAAAAGUUACGCCUAUGUAGGUGUUUUAUUUCACAUUUAUGGCUCUUGACACAUCACUGCUAUCGUUACGUAGCAUUUAGCGGCAUCAACGUGUGUGGAUGGAGUUUUGAACUGCUGGGCAGAUGAACACACACACCCCCAUCCUGACUCAUGUCGUGGAAUCGCCCUUUAAAAUAUAUAUAUAAAUAUAUAUAUAUAUAUAUAUUGAUGUCAGCUGCACUGAAACAAGCGAAACUAAAUCGUGGGAUAUUUUCCCAGUACUUAUAUUUACAGGAAGGGGGAUUCCUGGAUAUGGAAAAUGUUUGCAUGCUCUGCGUUUUGUGGAGCCGUUGCUUUUUUUUCUUUCUUUUUUUUUACACCUUGUAUCGUGUGUUAGGAAAUGUUACGUGGACAUAUCAGAUUGUCAGAUGAGCGGGGCGGGGCCUGGGGAUCACUAAAUGGGGUCAAGAUUACAAAGCACUUACUGUACUAUAGUGGAGUUCGCCUCUUUCUUUUGGGUGAAGGGGCGUCUCCUUCGGCUGAAGCUCUUGAGGUCAUGAGGAAAAACCGCACAGCUGUGUACCCCCCCUUUCCCUCCACGUCCAGUCCUCCUACAUCUCGUUUCAUGUUUUUUUGUUCUUUUCGCUAUCGCUGUAAUAUCUUAUACCUCUUCACCGUUUGCAACUUUAUGUCCUCCCUAUCCUUUCGUCUGUUCUCUGUAUUUUUUUUUUUUUUUUUUGUAAGACCUCUAAAUGCAUAUGGUCGUCAAGAAGCUAUUUUGUUUUUGUUUUUUUAAGAGAAAUGUUUUGGGAUAAAGAGGCUUGUGCCUUUGUAAAGACAGAAUAAUAAAGUUUGUACUUUGUUUUUUAAA